AUGCAACACACAUACGACUGCAUCAUCGUAGGCGGCGGCACCAUGGGCGCUGCGGCAGCAUAUCACCUAGCAGCACGCGGGCAAAAAGUGCUAGUACUGGAGCAAUUUGACUUUAUUCACGCUCUAGGAUCGCAUGGUGGACAAUCGCGCCUCAUCCGUAAAGCUUAUUUUGAGCAUCCCGACUAUGUGCCGCUGCUCCUUCGUGCCUACGAAAACUGGGCAGAUUUGGAGCAUAAAACCGGACAGCAAGUGUAUUUUCAAAGCGGAAUCCUGUAUUUUGGGGCACAAGGCGAUACGCUUUUGAAUGGCACUAAACUCUCCGCGCAAUUGUAUAACCUACCGCUAGAAGUGCGCAAUACGGUCGAAUCCAAGCGUCAAUACCCCAUGUUUAGCGGCGUCCCCGACGAUUGGGAGUGCCUUUUUGAGCCGGAAGCGGGCUUUCUAUUGGCGGAAAAAUGUAUGCGCCUGCACUUGCAAGGAGCCAUACAGCUCGGCGCCACCCUCAAAGCAAGGGAAAAAGUCGUGGAAUGGCAAGAAAGCUCAACCGGCAACAUCCAAGUCACCACCGAUAAAGCCACUUACACCUGCGCCAAGCUGGUAUUGACUGCUGGCGCAUGGUCAGCGCAAGUAUUGGGCGGUAUUGCUGCUCCGCUCAAGGUGACGCGCCAGAUAUUGGGUUGGGCGCAACCGGCUGAUUAUCAAUCAUAUAUGAACGGACGGAUGCCCUGUUGGGCUAUCAGUGAUGCGGAGGCAGGAUUGUACUACGGCAUGCCGAUAUUGCAGCAUGAAGAUACUGCAGGACCGCUAGGAUUUAAGCUCGGUUGCCACAAACAUGGGGCGGUGGUGGAUGCAGACCACGUGGAUAGAAGUAUUUCGGCGGCAGAUGAAUGGACUUUUCGGCGUUGCUUAGAGCAAUAUAUGCCUGCUGCCAAUGGCGAAACGCUUUCCAUCAAGACUUGCCUUUAUACCAAUACACCCGACGAAAAUUUCAUCAUCGACCUUCAUCCGGCAAGUAAAAAUGUGGUUUUCGCCUGUGGUUUUAGUGGACACGGCUUCAAGUUUGCCUCGGUGGUGGGCGAAGUCUUGGCAGAUUUGGCGUUGGAUGGGGCUACGUCGUUGCCUAUUGGCUUCUUGCGGUUUAACCACUAA